CAUAUAAAGGGAAGUAACCGCUUCAAAAAAGCGGACUACUUUCGGCACUUACAAUUAACAGCAUUAGAGUCUGAAAUUUCGCUACCAUUAUUUGUUUGGUCUGACGACCCAAACAAAUAAAAACCCAUUAUUACUAAACUAUUAAACAAAUGUUAGCCAUUGCUACGAAAAAUAAAACGUUACUUUACAUUUCUGAGGUUUUAAACUAACUUGACAUUUUUUUCUAUUUUACAAUAUGGUGUUUCUAAGAGAACGUUACAAAACACCUUCUUCGAUAUCAAAUGUUUUCAAUUUCUUAUACCGUCAUUUCUAUCCCAGCGUAAAAUUUCUUUAAAAAAGUUUACAAUAAAAAAUUUUAAUGUCUUCUUCAUUGCUUAAUCGUAGUUUGAUACGUGCGUCUUCAAUACUGAUAUAUAUUUAUAUCAACCCCACAGUAAAAGGUGUUCCUCUUACACGAGACAACUGCGACUCCUUACAGAUCCUCGUUUUAGCGGACUGGGGCGGCUCACCACAUGCACCGUACACAACUUCAAUGCAAAUUGAUGUGGCCAAUCAAAUGGCUACGACGGCGGGUGAAAGGAAUAUCAGUUUUGUCCUUUCUCUUGGCGACAACUUUUACGAUACUGGGAUUUACAGUUGGAAAAGCGACAGAUUUGAGACGACAUUUGAGAACGUUUAUAACCAGGAAUCGUUACAAAUACCGUGGUAUAUAAUUGCUGGUAACCACGAUCAUUAUGGUUCUGUUAGGGCUCAAAUACGGCGUUCAAGUUCGUCUUUUAGAUGGAUGUUCCCGCACUUUUACUAUAAACAAUCAUGGAUGCUACCAGACGAUAAGGUUUUGGAUGUAUUGCUAAUCGAUACCACAAUCCUUUGCGGCAAUACAUAUGAUACACCAUACGGCAAGCGUCUGAAGGGACCAAAAAACGUGCAUAAUGCAAACUUGCAGUGGUCUUGGUUAGAACGCACUCUUAAAGAGUCAAAAAGUGACUUUCUUCUGGUUGGGGGACACUACCCUGUCUAUUCGGUCGGUGUCAACGGGCCAACAGAAUGCCUCUACUCGAGACUCGAACCUCUACUUUACAAGUACCACGUGACAGCCUAUUUAUCCGGGCACGACCAUAACUUACAGCACAUACAAACGAGAACAAGCGGUCAGAAAAUGGACUAUUUCGUUCUUGGGAGUGGCUCCUGGACAGAUGACUUGAUGACCAAUCAGGACACAGUUCCAAAAGAAUCCUUGAAAUUCUUUUUUGCUAAAAAACAUAUCGGUGGAUUUGCAUUAGUAGAUGUGACUGAGAAAAGAUUGAAAAUAUCUUUUGUAGCCAGUAAUGGAGAUGUCAAAUACAACUAUAACUUAGACCCACGAAAAUAAUCGUUUGAAUCUGUUGUUUGUGGAAUUUUCCAUCUAUCAAUACAUCGUAUAAAUUCGGCAAACUCCGCAAGAUUCCGUGAGUGGGACAAAUCCUAAUUUCAUGAGCAAAACCAUUUCUAUAGCAUAUACAAUUCUAGAUAAAAAGGGUGUUUGAAGGACAGGAAGUAGAGGAUUUGUUCCGACCGAAGGCUGGUCUAAAAUCAGUUUGACUUCCUGUAA